AAAGAGGAUCGUCUCCAGCUGGCCUGGGAGACAGGCCUCCUUGUGCCCAUCAGCCCUCCAAGAACCCCCGCCUGCCCCUCCCUCCAUUGAGGACUGUACACAGGGGCUCGGGAUCCGCCAGAAAAGUCAGGCAGCUUUUCAGGGACUGAGAGCGAGGGGAGGUGAGGUCUCCCAGCCUGGCCCAGGUUCAGCCCCUGUAGGCAGCACAGUGCCAAGCUGUGCCCUGUCUAGAACUCCAGACUUUGACCCUGAGCUCCAGUCCUGGCUGGCAGGCAGAGGGCUGAGGACGGGACGCCCCAGAACCAGGAGCCUGCCCUCGGGAGAUAGGACGCUGCACCCACGGCAGCUGCCUCUUUUCUCCAGAAGUUUGGCAUAUCAGGAGUUUCUGUGAAACAUAGGGGUUUCGCUUCACCUGCCUGACCUUCAGAUUGUUCACUUGUGACCCAGGCCAGCCUGGGCUCUGCUUCUCACCAGCUGGCUGGCUGAGCCUCAGUUGCCUUUUCUGGAAAAUGGGCAUCAUAACAACCCCGAGGGUUGGUAGAAAGUUACAGGAGAAGAACCCUACGAGUUGAAAGGAGCGGCUGUUGUCAUUGUUUAUCUUCACAUCUAGCUCUUUUCUGGACGUGGCUUCUUCCCAGCUUUCUUGGGGGCUUUUUAACCUCAAGACCGCACACAUCUUUUUUUCACAAGUGUGGGUCUUCAGCCGAGUCCUUUCUCUUCGUUGGGCCUCAGUUUCCCCACCUGCAUGGCGAUGCCUUGCUCACCUUUAGAAUUUUUUUUUUUAAUAAUAAAUUUUAUUUACUUACUUUUCAAGUACAUUUUUUUAUCUAUUUCUCCCAUCCCACCCCCCGCCCUGUCUCCCUCACCUUUAGAAUUUUUACACCUGCAGAAACGAGCCCCAUGCUGUGACUCGUCCCUCUAUCUUGCCAGCUGUUUCCAGAAGUGUCUCUGGGUCGUCCCUCACGCUGUUCUCUUGGGCAUGUGACACCAUCCCUAGCCUGGCUCCUUACCGGAGACGCGCCACGUGCCCACUCAGCUUCUGCCCAAAGCCUCUUUCUCUCUGCCCAGAGACCUCGUAAGCAGUUUCAAACACUCUCUUCUCUCACCUCACAUACUUUUGUUACAUAAACAGCUUUCUUUCACCCUUGAUCCUUUGGGUGGUGUGAGAGUGGAAACAACUGCGUCCCAGAAAAGCAGAGCUGGCCUCACUCCGCCUCCCUUCCUCCAGCUCUUGCUGUGACCUCUAAGUAACCUUGGCCUCUCCCAGCCUCAGCUGCCUCAUCUGUUAAACUGGGGAUGAUGGUGAUUGCUGGUUUAAUUUAUGAGCUCCCAAGCACCUUCAAGGAUUUUCUCUUUUGAUUCUCAUAAGAACCCCAUCCAAUCAUUCAUUCAUUCAUUCAUUCACUCACCUGUGAGUUGGUGCUAUGGGCCAGGUACUGUUUUAGGUCCUAGAGCAGUAGACAAAAGUCCCUGCUUUACCAGAGCUGAUAUUCUGGUGGGGGGAUAAAAAGCCAGGAGCUUUGUUAACCCUUAAAACUUUAUAGGAGAGGACACUGAGGCUUGGUUACAAUGAGCAACUCAUUCCAGUUUGUCGCGGAGUUGUCCUGGUUUUAGCACUCAGGGUCUACAUCCUGGGGACGCCCUCCGUCCAGGAAAUCAGGGAGGUCGGUCACCCUUGCUCAGUCAAAUGAAGUGUCUAGUCUGGGGUCACACGGUUGGUGUGUGCUUGGGCCAGCGGUGAACCUGGGUGGGUCUGACCCACAGCCUGGGCUGGUAUUGCCGCCUCCCCAAGCCAUGCCUCCUCCUGUAUUCAUUAUGGGGAAUUUGGAAAACACGGAAAGGCCCUCUAUUCCUGCCUUCUUACUGCUCAUGCACAGAAGUGCUGAGCUCUGUGGAGGUUACGCGAAGACAAGCAGAAGGCACAGACUGGGGAAGCCACUCAGCCAAGGUCACACAGUGAGCCGGCAGCCUGACUCUCCCUCCUUCCUCUCUUCUCCUCUACACCCGGCGUUCUUUUCUUUGCUCUGGUUACUCGUAUUCUCUAGAGGAGGAGGCUGAGGGAGGAGGCUGGGGGUCCCUGACCCCCCAACCAAGCCCAGGUUGGCAACUGGAAGAAAAAUCAUCCAAAGCAAUGACGCCUUUUUGUUUUGGGAUUUUAUCUUCCACUUGGCUGCUGAAACCCCAGAACAGUCCAGUUCUUGUGGGCUGGAGUCAUUUCCCGCUUCACAAAACGAGGCCGCGCUGAGAAUGCCCUGCCGUUCAGGGCCACGGGCCAGGAGCGAGGUCUGGAGGGGGAGACUUGUGAGUGAAGAGGAGGGAAAGUUGAAUUUGGCCCUUUUGGGCACAAAUGCCCCCUUGUUCUGCCUCAGCGGGAGCCGGAAGAAUAUUUCCCUGCUGUGGGGGCCCAAGCAGCUUCAAGGUCAAAAGCUGCUAGGCUUCCCAUACUCCCGAGAACCCAGGCAGCCCUGCCCCUGAGGGGGUGCGCCGGGACACCCGAGUUCUGAGGCCAGCCAUUGCAUCCUGUGCAUCUGAUGUUCUCACAGCUGCAUCCACUACCUGGCAGCCCGGCACACAGUAGGUGUGCAAUAAAUGCAUGUGAGUUUAUUCGAAUUGAAAUCAAAUCCCAGUGACACCACUCCUUGGCUCUGUGACCUCGGGUAAGUGACUUCACCUCUCUGAGCCUCAGUUUUCUCAUCUGUAAAGUGGAGCCAAUAACACUGCUCUACCUCGUAAGAACAUUAGGAGACUUAAAUGGAUUGAGGCGUGGGAAGCACUUGGCACUGAAGCUGGCUCACAGCAGGUGCUCCGCAAAUGUCCUAAGUCACUUCUUAGUGACUAGACCACUGUACUAGACCACAGGUGGCAGACACAAGGCCUGCGAACCGAAUCCACCCCUCCACCUUGUUUUAUCCAGCCUGACAUCUCAUUUCUACUUGGCAGCAUCGCUGAGCUCCUUUCCCCUAGUUAAGGAAUAGUUACAUUCCUACAGUCUUAAAGUUACAUCUGGCCCUUUGAAGGCAACUGUGAAGCUGAUGUGGCCACCCGUGAAAAUGAGUUUGACACCCUGUACGAGACCCUGGAUUAAGCUUUUUACAUUUGCCUUCGUGGUGAAUCUUUCAUCCACUCUCGGAGGCAUGAGUUGGCGUCCCCAUUUUCCAGAAGAAGUUGAGGCUUACGAAGCAUCCUGCCCAAGGCUGGCACAAUGCGCGUGGUCGUGAUCGGAGCAGGCGUCAUUGGGCUGUCCACCGCACUCUGCAUCCAUGAGCGCUACCACUCAGUCCUGCCGUCGCUGGACAUGAAGAUCUACGCAGACCGCUUCACACCACUCACCACCACCGACGUGGCUGCUGGCCUCUGGCAGCCCUACCUCUCCAACCCCGGCAGCCCACAGGAGGUGCACUGGAACCAGCAGACCUUCGACUAUCUCCUGAGCCAUGUCCACUCCCCCAAGGCCGCACGCAUGGGCCUGGCCCCAGUCUCCGGCUACAACCUCUUCCGCAGAGCUGUUCCGGACCCUUUCUGGAAGGACAUAGUGUUGGGAUUUCGGAAGCUGACCCACAGAGAGCUGGACAUGUUCCCUGAUUACAGCUAUGGCUGGUUCAACACAAGCCUAAUUCUGGAGGGGAGGAUGUACCUGCAGUGGCUGACUGAAAGGUUAACUGAGAGGGGAGUGAAGUUCUUCCAGCGGAAGGUGGAGUCUUUUGAGGAGGUGGCAAGAGGAGGCGCCGACGUGAUUAUCAACUGCACCGGUGUGUGGGCUGGGGCGCUGCAACCAGACCCCCUGCUGCAGCCAGGCCGGGGGCAGGUCAUUAAGGUGGACGCUCCUUGGGUGAAGCACUUCAUCCUCACCCAUGACCCAGACAGCGGCAUCUACAAGUCCCCGUACAUCAUCCCAGGGAUCCAGGCACUGACUCUUGGAGGCAUCUUCCAGCUGGGGAACUGGAGUGAGGUCAACGACGUUCAAGACCACAACACCAUUUGGGAAGGCUGCUGCAGACUGGAGCCCACGCUGAAGGAGGCCAAAAUUGUUGCUGAAUGCACUGGCUUCCGGCCAGUACGCCCCCAGAUUCAGCUAGAAAGGGAACAGCUUCGCUUCGGAUCUUCAAACACAGAGGUCAUUCACAACUAUGGCCACGGAGGGUACGGGCUCACCAUCCACUGGGGCUGUGCCCUGGAGGCGGCCAAGCUCUUUGGGAAGGUCCUAGAAGAGAGGAAGUUGCUCACGAUGCCACCCUCCCACCUCUGAAGAUGCCAGUGAUCACCGACCCCCACACAAGGACACCCUCAGCCAAUGAAUCAACGUGCUCCUCUCUAAACCAUCAUCUACUCCCCACCCCGCCCCUCCCUGGCUCCUGUCCACAAGAAGCCUGAAGUGAGAGGGAACCACAGGGUCAAUUUCUGGAGAUCUUCGGGCAUCUGGGAUCAGUGAUACCCUGCGUGCCGUGAAGGGGUCUCCACUGGUCCAUGCCGUUACUGUUCCCUCCUGUAUUGUUUCACCUGAUGGGUUCUUCAUGAAGUAUCUGCCAUGAUUUUGGCCAGCCCUGAGCUAAGUAGAGUGAGAGCCAAGACCUAAGUUAUAAUAAUAAUAAUAAUAAAUAAUAAUAAUAAUAAUAAUCCCAGCCCCUGUCUUAAUGAUGGUUUUUCAAUUUUACAAUGUUGCAAGAGCAACACAUAUGAUAAAUUAUAUGAGAUGUUCGACACUAUUAUAAAAUAGCCUUUGUCUUAGAUGAUUUUGCUCUACUGUAGGCCAACAGAAGUGUUCAGAGCAUGUUGAAGGUAGGCUAAGCCUCGCUGUGAUGUUCAGUAGACUAGAUGUAUUGUGUUUUGGGGUUAUGAUAUUUUUAACUUAUGCUAGGUUUAUUGGGACAUAAUCCCCUCAUAAGUCAAGGAGCACCUGUAAUUAGUGAUUAUAAUGAUCAUUAUAACUAAAGUUUGUUGUGUUCUAACAGGUACCAAGCUCUGUGUUAAACUCUUGCGCACAUCACGCAUUUAAUCCUCACAACCCCUCUGCCCCCCCCCACCAGUGACAUAGCUAUUAUUCCCAUUUCACAGGUGAGGAGACCAAGGCACAGGGAGGCCCUAUGAGGUCAACAGCAGGAAAGCCACAGAAUGGACACCCAGGGCCAGAAGUGAGAGGAUUUCGGUGCCCCACUUUCAACCCUUGCACAACACUGACUCCAGGGUGGGGUGGGGGUGGGGGAGGAGAGAGCUAACAGCCGGACUGCUUCCCAGCUCUCUUUGCCAACACGCUGAGAAGGAACUAGCUCCUCCCUCAGCACAGCUGAGACUAGGAGACUCAUGGGGCACAUGGGUGGGGUGGGGAGCACGUCCCCAGGCUGCGAGUAGAACACAACAUUUAAAUUUUUUAAAUUAAAGUUAUUUCUUCACCCAACCUAAAAAAUUCCCCAGGGAGAGCGACCCCUACCGGUCAAGGUUAGCUGUCAUCAGGACCCCUACAGGACUCAGAACCCAGUUCACUCAUACAAAUGGCUGGGGCGAGUCAAGUUCGCCUUUAGACCUAGAGUGACCCUCCUGUUCUUUCUGUAAGUGGUAAGGACCUCUUUGCAAUGUGGCUCCCAACCUGCUCUGAAGGUGGUCUGCCGCCGUGGGCUUAAGGGAUUCUCGACAGCUUGAUGAAUUUCGGAAAGAUUAUUUUUUCAUUGGAUUGUCUUGGCACUUCAAUCAAUCAGUCAUAAAUGCAUGGGUUAAUUUUGGGGUUCCAAUCCUCUUCAUCUACAUGCUAUCUAUGUGUAGUACCCCUUUGUCUCAGUUGCCGUGGCUUUGGAGUAAGUUUUAAAAUCGGCAAAGGUGCGUCCUCCAACUUUAUUCUUCUUUUUCAAGAUUAUACAUGGUUGUUUGUACUGGGGCUUGGUGGUUUUUGUUUUUGUUUUUGUUUUCUGCAAAUCUGGGUCUUUUGCAUUUCCAUAUGAAUUUUACAGUCAGCUUACCAAUUUCUGCAUGAAACGCCUGCUGGGAUUUCGGUAGGGAUUGCACUGAAUUUAUAGAUCAAUUUGGGGAGGGUUGGUUGAUUGCUUAACAGUUUUAAGUCUGCUGACCCAUCAUCCUGGAAUGUCGUUCCAUUUAUUUAGACCUCCAGUUUCUCUCAGCAAUGUUUUGUACUUUGUGAAAUCUUACUCCCCUCCUGUUAAAUUUAUUCCUAAGUUGUUUUUUUUUAUGCUAUUGUGAGUGGAAUUAUUCUUUCCCUGAUGGAUUUACAAAGGAUUCUGUUUUCUGGCACGGUAGGUGGGGGUAGGAGCCUUUGAAGUGGUUCCUCAUCAAAUAUUCUUGAUUAGCCAAAAAUGGUUAUAUAUGAUGUAUCUGGAUGUUCAAAUGUCAAAGAAUCCAAAUACAGUAAAGCACCACCAGUGACGCAAGUCUGACCGAAACCACUGAGUCUUUGAGGAAUCAGAAGAGGCCUCAGAAAGUUCUAGAGCUUCAGGGUUGGCAUCUUGUGUGUCUCCCACCAUGCUCCGCAGCCCUUCAUUAGCAUCCAUGUCACCAUGACCUGGUUAUGCCUGUAUCCGCCGCCACACUGUGAGCGCACGAAGACAAGGACCACGUCUCACUCCUGUUUUCAUCCUCAGUGUUGAGUGUCAUGCUCAGUUCAUGGUGGAGACUCCAUGCAUGCUGACCACAUGCUGCAACAUAGUCCACAAUAGUCACGAUGAACAGACUUGAGAGCUGGCACGUGUCGCUGUGAGUUCCAGACAUACCUGUCAUUGUGACACGGAGUUGAAAGAGCGGGCCAAAGGCACCAUGUUUGUACCUCUCAACCCCAUCCCCCUAACCCAUCUUCACUGGACCAGGACUAGGACUGACACUACUGUGGACCAAUCAGCUGCCUCCCCUGAGCAUUUGGAAGAAGGACAUAGAGCAUCCGAGUCAGCUUUGUUUGCAGAGCUGAGCCAUGGCGAGUGGAAGCCAUAUGUGCCAUUAGUCAUGUGCAGCCACCAUGGGGGCGCAGAAGAAAGCAGGGCUACAGGGAAGAGUGGAAGUGGGGUCACACGUCCAAAGAGAGGCUGUCUCAGACCCGGAGGGCUCCCAGGUUGUACUUUAUUUCUGAGAUCUUCUACCCUUUCAGAGGCUGCGAACUGGUAGCCCAUUCACCAAACCUGGCCUGCAAAUGCAUUUUAUUGGGCUCACACAUCAUUUACAUUUUUUUGAUCCAACAUACUAAAAUUUGGAGAUUUGUCAUAAAAAUCCAGAUGUCUGUCUUGAAGAUU